UGUGUGAAUGGGUGUGGUGUGUCAUCCAAUCCACAUCUAACGGUGUUAAGUGUCAACCAUCCAACUCCAACGAACGAAGCUUCCUACCUUACUUCCUACUGUUUCUGUUUCAGCCUUUUCAAUUCCCCCAUCUCCCAUAUUAAUAUCAAUCCAAUCCAACCCCAUCUCUAUCUCUUGAUUCUGCAACACUUUCGUUUCGUCACUCUGUUGUUUUCCCAUCCACAGUACUCUCUACAAUACAAAACCUCCACUUUCAGUUCUACAAUAUAAGAUUGUUCAUCAAUGGAAUGUAAUGAUCAGCGUGUAAGUGUAAGCUUGAAGAGAAAAUCACCAGAAAAUGGAGAUCAUGUACUCUUCAACACCUUUUCUCUGGAUGACCUUAAUGAAGAUCUCUUUGAAAGGAUACUUUCAUGGCUCCAAACUUCCACAUUCUUUCGCCUCAAUUCUGUGUGCAAAAGAUGGAAAUCAGUAGCUGCUUCUGCCAGUUUCAAGCUUGCCUGCUCUCACAUUCCCUCAAGGGAACCUUGGUUUUUAAUGGUUGCUCCCAACCUUAACCAAUCUGUUAUCUUUGACUCUGCUGAAAGCACUUGGAAGAGACUAAAUCACCCCUCUCUUCUGCAAGAAGAAUCUAACCAAGAUUGCAUGCCAGUUGCGGCUUCCGGGGGCUUGAUUUGCUACCGUAAAUCAUCAGGAAACUUCAUUGUAACCAACCCUGUGACUGGAUCUUGUAGAGAACUCCCUCCACUGCAACUUGCCUCACAAAACCAACCACUCGAUGCCAUCGUGAUGAGCACAAGUUCCAAAGACCAAAUCUCCUUCAAAAUUGUGCUAGUCUUUGGUGAACUUCCAAAUCUCUUGUUUAAAGUGUACAAUUCAGGUUCUAACUGUUGGGAGGGUGAGACUGCAUUGAGGAGAAAGACUGAAGACAAUUCCAUGGAAUAUGAUUCCACUGAUGACAAUGUUGUGUACUUCCUCAGCAAGGCUGGAAUUGUUGUGGCAAGCAACAUGCAGAGAAGCCCCUCCAAGCAAUUUUCAUCUGUUAUUACUAAUAAAAAUGAUCAAGAGAUUGUGUAUUUUCUUAGUUACUCAGGGAAUGUAGUAGCUUGCAAUUUGACAUGCAAGUGCUUCUCUGAGUACCCCAGGUUGUUGCCUGUUUACAAUGAGUAUUCCAUUGAUGUUGUGGAGUGCAAUGGGGAGAUGCUAGUUGUUUUGCUAUCAGAAUUCUUGGAAACCACAACCCUUAGGGUGUGGAAAUAUGAUGAGGCUAAUAGAGGGUGGCAUCAGAUUGCAGCAAUGCCUGCAGCAAAUUCUCAUGAGUGGUAUGGGAAGAAAGCAGAUAUUAACUGUGUUGGUGCUGGUAACCAAAUCUUCAUAUGCUUGAACUCCACUGAGCUAUGCACUUAUGUUAUGUGUGAUUUGGAGACCAACAAGUGGGUUGAAUUGCCAAAUUGUUGCAUAAAUGGACAAGUCAUAGACUUUAUGUCUGCCUUUUCAUUUGAGCCUCGGAUAGAGGCUUCAGUGUGACAACAAAAUGGCCUUGACUUUGAUGAUAUUACCAUCCCUUUUCCGUUCCCUUAGGACAAAUUUUCCUGUCGGUUGUAUAGUUAUUGCUAACUGAGAUAUUUAUUUUCAUUGAUUAUUUAGGUGUAUAUUGUUUUCAGUGAUGUCUUAACAGCAUUGCCAUGUUGAUGAUUCUUUUCAUUUCUCUUGGCUUUACCUCUGAUUUGAAGCAUAUGUGAGUGAAUGAAGUUGACGGGGUACCUGCUUUUCUUCACAUGGGAAAACAGCUAGAUCUCUAUAUGUAGCAUAUAUUGUUUGGAAUUUUAAGAGUUGAUUCAAAAUGA